CGAUUUAGACACUCUUGCUGUGGUUUCUGUGGUUUGGUCGCUCAAAGACACAAAGGCCACAGAGCUCAGUCAUGUAUGUCAAGCCUGUACUGUGGAUCUUACUCCUCGUCUCCGUCCAGGAGGUAUUUCUGCAGGAAUCUGAAUAUGAUUAUGGAACAUACGAGGAUCUACAGCCUCUCAACUGCUCGACAACAGAGAGCAUUAAAGGUGGACAUGUCACCUACUCACAGGGGGGAAUGGAGGGAAGUGUGCUGUCCUAUCACUGCGGCCUGGGACGAUACCCUUCACCGGUCAGCUACAGGACCUGCAGUGCAGAUGGGGAGUGGUCCUCCAUGAGAUUACCAAGUGGCCGAGAGGUGUCUCGUGCUACAUGCAAAGAUGUGUUGUGUCCAGCUCAGCUCCAGUUGGAUCAUGGAGACUUCUGGCCCAGAGACCAGUGGCUCCAUGUAGGGGCCACGCAGAGCUUCUUCUGCCAGGAGGGGUUCAUCUUGUCUGGUUCCGCCCAGAGGAACUGCACCUUGACAGGAGAGUGGACGGGAACUACUCCUGUCUGUGAGAACGAUGAUUCAUCCGACGACUGUAAAGACCCUGGGAUCCCACCUGGGGCCCAGAGAUCACCAGGCCGGUUUUACACGGGGCAGAAAGUGACUUACUGGUGUCAGGCCGGUAUGGAUCUCCUCGGCUCGGCUGAAAGGGUUUGCCUGGAGAACAGGGAGUGGAGUGGCUCAACUCCACGCUGCCAAGCCCCAAACACCUUCGACUCCCCGAGUGUUGUGGCAGCGGUCAUGGCGGGGUCGCUAGCAGGAAAGAUGGAUGUACUCUCACCAGACGCCAAACAGGAAAGUGAAAGCAGCUCUUUUGGUCGUACCUUCCGUGUGGCUGAAGGCAGUCGCAUGAAUGUCUUUAUUUUACUGGACACGUCGGGAAGCAUUACAAAGGAGGACUUUGAAAAAUCCAGGGAGGCCACCAUUGCUCUAAUAAGAAAGUUGGAGAGCUACGAGGUGCAGUUGAAGUUUCAUGUGGUGUCAUUUGCCAGCGUGGCUAUAGACAUUGUCAACAUCACAGACUCAGAUAUAAGUAGCAGCGUUGGCGACGUCAUAUGGAAUCUGAUGGAGUUCGACUACCAUAGCCACGGCAGUAAGACAGGCACCAACCUGCAUGCUGCCCUGAAGCGUGUCAGUGAGAUGGUCGCCUUCUUAAAGCAAAACAGCGCCACAAACCAUUUUAAUGAGACUCAGAACAUCAUCGUCAUAGAAACAGAUGGUUUCACCAACACAGGCUCCAAACCUCAGCUUGAGCUGGCCCGGCUCAGGAGCCUCCUGGGUUACCACAACAUAGCCCCGGAUCACACACAAGAGACCAUGCUGGAUGUCUAUGUGUUUGGUAUCGGAGACCGAGUGAAAAGAGAUCAGUUGAACUCUUUGGCUUCAAAAAAACGUGGUGAGGAGCACGUCUUUGUUCUGAAGGACUACGAAACACUGGGAGCAGUGUUCAACAGCAUCAUUAGUGACAAGAGUGUGACGAUGUGUGGGGUAGCUCAGGAACACAUCUCCAAGAAGCAGAAGGAGGAUGUCAAAGGGAUCUUCACCAAACCCUGGCAUGUCUCUGUGAAAUCGUCGACGCCAUGUGUUGGAUCUAUUGUGAGCAGCAACUGGGUGCUGACUGCAGCUCACUGUUUUGCCAGAGCGAGUACAGACAGUAUCCGUCAGCAGGUGUUCAUACAGCAUAGUCAGGGUGAGGGUGCGGUGGUUCCUAAGAAGGUGAUCAUGCACCCCAAGUACAACACAAGAGCACUGAGACACAGAAAUGUAUCCGAGUUCUACGACUACGAUGUAGCUCUGGUGCAGGUGAACAUGAGUAUCCCUCUCUCCUGGAAGGCCAGACCUAUCUGCUUGCCGUGCACCGUGCCAGCCAGCCGAGCCAUGAAGAGAGUCAACUCUACAUGUCAGCAGCACAGGGAGGAACUACUUCCUGACAAGGAGACUGCUGCCUUUUUCAUUCAUAAGAACUCCCUACGCAAAGGAACUUACAUUCAAACAGGAAGUCAGAGGCCUGGCUGUGUAGAGAAGGCGAAACAGACCCUCAAAGAGCCGACCAAUGUGACACUGGAGGAGUACGUACCUGACAGAUUCCUCUGUUCUGGGGGCUCCUCGGGAUACCACUACACUAUAAGCUGUAAAGGUGACUCUGGAGGAUCACUGUUUCUGGAAAAAAGGAAGCGCUACUUUCAGGUGGGAGUCGUGAGCUGGGGCACCACAGAUGUCUGCAACAACCUCAACCCAGCACUGAGGCAUUACAGGAGUGACAAGCCGCCCCCUGAUGCUCGAGACUUUCACAUCGACCUCUUCAAGAUAAUGCCCUGGCUGAAAAGGCAUCUCAAAGACGAGAUCCAGUUCCUGCCUGAUAUUGAGUGAACAUCAAAGUCCGAGCUUUUCAAAGCUUUAUUGACAAAUGGUAUACUGUGAUUUGUAUAGACGUGGUGCAUUUAUCUCAUGCAGUGUAAAGCAUCAAAAAAGAG